CUCUCCCUUCCAUUUAAUUUUGACAGUUUGCUGUGUUGUCAAAUAACCUAAAUGUGUCAUUUUGAAAAGGAAAAAAGUCAUUAUUAUGUCAUUUUCGGGCUUUAGCGAAGAUGAUAUUCGCAAAUUAACUAAAGCUCCAGAUGUUAAUAAGCCACAGAAAGGUUCUCACAAAACUGCCUUAAAGAAAGUAACUUUUAAACCAAAUAACACAAACACAACUCGAACUAAAACAAUCCUCAGUAAUAUAACCAAUAACUUGCCUCAAGAAACCCCCGAAAAUGCUAAACUAAGUGUACAAAAUAGUGUAGUGCCAGAUCCAGAGCCAAAAAUUCCAGAAGUGAAAAGUGAGCGAAAAUUUAAGGAUUUGGACGAAUUUGAAGCACGUCAGAAACUCAUCGAGGAACAAAACCGCAAACGCAAAGAACUUUUGGCUAAAGCUCUAGCUGAUAGGACUCGCCAAACGCAGGAAGAAGCACAAAGAUUGAACGAGAUUCAGGAGGAGUUUAAAAAAUUGGACGAUUUGUUAUCAUGUGACGUGAAAAUACUGCGUAAACAGAUUGAAGCCGCCAGUGUUGAGUACAUGGAGUGCCAGAAAAAAUAUAACAGGAUUGAAAAGGAAUUCCUGGAGGCUAAGCUUCUCCUUCAUCAGAAACAGGAGAAGAAGGAAAUGUUGACUGAACAUUUGUGCACAAUUAUCGAGAAAAAUGAGGAGAGGAAAGCCGAGAAGUUGAACGAAUUGUUGAGUAAAUUGGAGUUGAGGGCGACAGAAGGGAGUGUUACGCAAAAUGGCAAUUGAUGUAGGAUUAAGUGACUAAUAUUUAUGUAAUAAAUUACGCCAAUUAAAUACACGUUAAAACUGUUUUUCA